AUGGUGUCGAUAUUCCAUACUCCCAAACCUGAAAGCUUCCAGGACGAAGACGACCUGAUCUGGAAACCGCCGGCGUAUAUUGAGGAAGGCAACUUCCAAGGCCCUUCUAGUGGAACAGGCAGCUCGAGUGUGAGUACGAUCAACGGAAGCACUACGCCAGGAAAGAAGAACCGGAGACCGAGAUCGAUAUCUGUUUCGAGGUUUUUGUUUAAAGACCACUCGGACGCUUCUGAAGCUGAAAAUCUGUUUGAAGACCGUCGUCAAGCGAAUACUGGAGGUAUGGUGAAGCUCAAAAGCUUGUUUAAAUUUGGACUGCCGGCUCCUUCAGAGACGGAACAAGGAAAAGACGAAACCACAGAGAAAGACGACAGGAUCGAUACUUCUGAGGUGGUUGGCGAGAAAUCUAAGCCAAAGGACGAGUCCAACGCGUUCUGGAAGUUCUCCUUGGGCCGUAAACGGUCUGUUUCGGCUGCUCCACUGCAUACCAUACAAAGUCCAACCAAGACAGAAGAAUCGCUGGAAGAUAGCCCUAUCGUGCUGUCCAGCUUGUACUUUGCCCACCAGGGCCUUCCUCCACACAUGUCGAAACUGACAGGCGAAGCAGGUCUUCAUUCGGCUCAGAACAACCUUGCAGUUUCCCUAAGGCACAACGACUCGGUCUUUUCUGUCAACAAGUCCCAUCUGCAUCUGAGCCAGACUCUGACGUCUCAUGAAACUGAAAAGGAGCUUCUGGAGAUUAAGGAAGUGUUGCUGACCAACACCGUCGAAGAAGAGGCUCCUUCUACAGCUCCAUCUGCCCCAGCAUUGAACGUUCCUCCUCCAGUUGGACCUGGCUCUUUCCAAAGGACCCUUCGAAGAGUUGCAUCGGCUCCUUUGGUACACAGACUUUUAAAUGACAACAAACUGCCCGUUCUCGAACCUAAGAAAGAUUUCGAUGUUAGAGACCAUAUUGGUGAGCUCUCUGGAGUGAAAACCAGACCAAGAACGUAUACUCAGGGAAGAAUGUACUCCCACCUGGCGACAAGAAUCAUGUCUGCACAGGUUGGUCCUGAAUGUUUCGAGAAAGUGAAGCUUUUGGGUAAAGGUGAUGUGGGUAAAGUUUACUUGGUCAAGGAAAAAGCUUCCCUGAGGUUAUACGCCAUGAAGGUGCUCAACAAAAAGGAGAUGAUCCAGAGAAACAAGAUCAAAAGAGCAUUGGCUGAACAGGAGAUUUUGGCCACUAGUAACCACCCCUUUGUUGUCACGUUGUACCAUUCCUUCCAAUCCGAAGACUCGUUGUACCUAUGCAUGGAAUAUUGCAUGGGUGGAGAGUUCUUCCGUGCAUUGCAAACCAGAGAAACGAAAACCAUAGGCGAGGACGAUGCCAAGUUCUACGCUGCUGAGGUGACUGCCGCCUUAGAAUAUUUGCAUUUGAUGGGUUUUAUUUAUAGAGAUUUGAAACCCGAAAACAUUUUACUCCAUCAGCUGGGUCAUAUCAUGCUCAGUGAUUUUGAUUUAUCCAAACAAUCAGCCAAGACCAAGGGCCCAGAAAUCCAGUUUGGAAAGUCUCAUUCCCACAAUAACCCUACCAUUGAUACUAAAGCAUGCAUUGACGGGUUCCGUACCAACUCGUUCGUCGGUACUGAAGAGUAUAUUGCUCCAGAGGUUAUCAGAGGCAAGGGCCAUACCAGUGCGGUGGACUGGUGGACUCUUGGUAUUUUCAUUUACGAGAUGCUUUAUGGAACUACCCCUUUCAAGGGAAGAGACAGGAAAGCCACCUUCAGCAAUGUGUUGAAGAAAGACGUUAAGUUCCACGAUGCCCAGCUGGUGUCGUCGAACUGUAAAAAUUUGAUUAAGAAACUUUUGAUUAAGGAUGAGACCAAGCGUCUCGGAUCCAAGAGUGGUGCCUCUGAUAUCAAGUAUCAUGCUUUCUUUAAGAAUACGCAAUGGGCGUUGUUGAGACACCAACAGCCUCCCAUGAUCCCGGUGCUCACGAAGAACAAGAAGGUCGACAACAGAAAACAAGAGACGUUCUCGCUGGAAGAGCCCAGCGCGUCGUCAUCCAAUUCGAAGCCAGUUGAUCUGAACCCGGAAAGUGACCCCUUCGCCCUGUUCAGUUCCGUGACACUCCACUAUAACGAGACCGAUGAUAACGACCUGGCGUUCAUGUUAGGCACAGAAAACUCAGUCAACACUUCUGUGGCCUAUACCAUGAACAGCCGGCCUGGCGCCAGCCCCAGAAAACAAAAAGGAUUCCUUCGCAGGUGA